AUGGCAAUUUACGCGAGUUGUGACUCUAUAGCUGACCGCAUGGGUUGUGGUAUUGGCCGGUGGCGUCCAAAAUCAAUACAACGGUUGAUGACACCGACAGUGUUUAUAAUAUUAUUUAGUUUGUUGGGUAUAUUGCAAUGUUCUCCAUACAAUUAUGUCAUCUCAUCGCUGACUACACUCGAGCGCAGGUAUGCCAUAUCCAGUGUCGUAAUGGGUAUUGUUUUCAUUGGUGACGAUGUGGCAGAAGUCCUAUUCAAUCCAUUUCUUGGAUAUUUUGCUCACCAAAUGCAUAAGCCUCGUAUCAUUGCCUACAGUAUGCUAAUAUCGGCCGCCGGAUGCUUUAUCGGAGCUCUGCCCUACUUUAUCUACGGAUCGGGAAUACAGACACAACAAGUGGAUACUACUGGUGCGAUCGUUAAUCAAACUGUUCAAAGCAAUCAUGAAUUCUGUGAUAUAUCAUUAUACAGUGCUAGCGAUUGCGAUAAAAAUAUUGUUGACUAUACAAAAUCACUGGUACCGGUGCUCUGUUUGUUUUGUUGUACAUUUUUGGUGGGACUCGGAAUCGUAACUUAUUAUAUUAUUGGCGUUCCCUAUGUGGACGAUAUUGUUAAUAAACGUCAAUCGCCAAUGUAUUUUGGUUUACUUCAAUGCGUCCGACUUUUAGGGCCAGCCGGCGCACAAUUACUUUCAUCGUUGGUUUUACGGGUAUAUGAGAAUCCAUUCGUUGAUUCCGGUAUCAGAGACUUAACUGAUCCACGUUGGGUGGGUGCCUGGUGGUUGGGAUUGAUCAUUUUAGGCAUCCUAUUAGCUCUAUCUAGUAUACCUAUGUUUUUGUUUCCACCCCAUAUAUCCACUAAAAAUUUGGUUACACGUUGUAAACGUAUGCUAACAAAUCCGAUAUUCAUGUUGGUGUUGAUCGGUGACGGAUUACGAUUGUUUGCAAUUAAUGGCUACAAUACGUUUAAAGGCAAAUACAUUGAGACUAUGUAUAAAAAGUCCGCAUCAAUGGCUAAUCUUAUAACAGGUUCGAUCGGCUAUUUGGCCGCAAUGUUUUUAGACUGUCCUAAAACAUACUACUCGUCACUACCUACUUAUGAUAAUUUAGGUGGGUGCAAAUCCAACUGUAGCUGUCAGUCCAUGUCAUUUCAUCCGAUAUGCGGAGCCGACAAUUUCACACAUUAUUAUUCUCCUUGUUUUGCCGGCUGUACCACAAACUCAUUAAUCAAAUCAGAUAACGGAUCUGAUUUAUAUGCAGAGUGCGAGUGUUUUGACAAUCAAGUGGCCACUGAUGGCUACUGUGACCCAAACUGUGGCAAUAAUUUUGAAAUAUUAAUUAUUAUUAUUACUGUCGCCGGUAUUGUUGGCAGUACUUCAAGAAUUGGCAGCAGAUUUAUUGGAUUCAGGAUUGUCGAUGAUAUUGAUAAAAGUUUUUCAUUGGCUUUUGUUUGCACUGUUUUAGCAAUAUUUGUACAUAUACCGUAUCCCAUUGUUUACGGUGCUAUAGUUAACUCUGCUUGUAUGGUAUGGGAGACCAAAUGUGGUCAAACCGGUAACUGUCAGAUCUAUGACUCGGAAAAACUAAAGAAUCGAUUGUUGGGAACAACCGUUUCACUCAUUGUCAUUGGUUUCAUAUUUGAUUUAAUUGUUGUUAUAUUAUCGUCGCGUAUCAAACAUCUGUACGAUGAAGAAGAUGAAGAAGAAGAUGGAAAAAGAUAA